AUGGCAGCAAACACGCGUUUGAAGCUCAUUUUGAAUUCUGAACCCUUGCGGAUCCUGAGCCUCUAUGAGUUUCUGCAAGAAAGUUGCCCACUGCAGAAUCAUUUGCCUGUGUUGCCAGAUGAUACUAGUGCUGGUACUAGUGCAGCCACCUGGACAGUGAUUUUGACAUCAGUGUCCUUCGAGCCGACUCAUGACCUUCGACGCAUGUUGCAUUGGUUGCCUGCCUGGCAUGAGGGAGAUUUUGGUAGUGGCUCUUCCAGUAUAGACAUAGAUGAGAGACUGCGAAUAGUGUCGGCUGACCAACACCAAUCUCGUGAACACAACAAGACUGCCAGAUUGAAAAGUGACUGGGAUGAGUAUCAGCGUGCCUCCAAGCAGUCCUUGAACUUCGUGCAUUUGCUAGAGAACUUGUCCCGUCCAGAGUUUCGCUACACUGCAGCAGAAGUGCCUGCAGAUGGAAAUUGCGGGGUCUGGACUUUAGCUGCCCUCAUGAACGCCAAUCCCUGGCAAGCCAUGACUUGUGACCAAGACACCAGUGACCAGAUGAUGAGAAUCCGGAGAGAACUUGCUGCGUCUUGCACGGGCUUGUCCAAUUACAAGUGUUGGCAAGUCUUGUUUGAUGCAUUGAGCUUUGAUGAGGCCGAAGACUUGCGAGAGAGGUUUCGCAAACAGAAAGCCGAUGAAACAUUUGCAAAUGGAGAACAUGUCAAAGAGGAAACCCAUGAGAAAGGUGAGGAAGCCAAUGACCAGAUGUUUUCUACAUUUCCUAGCACACCGCCAAAAAAACAGAAAAAGAAAGCUUGGGAGGAGUUGGAAGAGAACAACGUUGACCAGCCAGAACCAAAACUGCCCAAGCCAUCCAAGCCAGCCGGCUUGAACAAGCGUGCCCAAACUAGUUCAUUAGCUGGUUUAGUCAAGCCCAGAACUGAUGAAAACAUGGCAUUGAGCUUUGGUAGUUCCGGUGCGAGUGCUGUAGUUCCAGAUGCAAUUGUGCAGCUUGAUCGAGACAACCAGAAUUCAUCUGUCGCACGUCAUGUUGGGAAGGAGCAGUCACAGGCAAGACGGGAUAUUGAGAAGCAGAAAAAAAGAAAGCAGAAGUCGGAACAUGACAUACGCUUGGCCGGCACCAAGACUUUCCUUGCCAACAAAGGUUUGACAUAUACAUUCUGGCAGCAGCAGCAUUACAGUGACUCAGCUUCGACCAAAGCCAUGUAUGCUAGUUUAUGCGAGAGUAAAGGCUUUCGCCAGAUGCAAGAGUCACUACUUAGUGGGGUGAUGCCAACCUGUAAGUCAUGCUUGUACCUCCUGGACCAAUGCCAGAUCAAGAUGCCAGAUCUGCAGGAUUACUUGGAUGACCACGUUGCGCAGGCUUCGGCCGGCGAUGCCCAACGUGGUGCUGGCUCUCGAUGUUCUCGUCUUGGAGGUGGUGGAGGACUGGCUGAUGUCGUUGACCUUGAUCCUGAUGGUCGUUGUGACGAAGAUGAGAAACAUGAUGCAAGUGGUUCUGAUGAUGUCUGUAUUGUCUGUACCGUUGAUUCGGUUGAUGUUCAGGCUGGGAAAAAGCAGAAAACCGAGCACGUCAAGCAUGAACAUGGUGGAAAAGAUUUGAAAGAUGCGAAAGUUGAGGAUGUUGAGGAUACUGGAAGCAUCAAGAUCAUCAAGAAAGAGGCUAAGAAAGAGAAGGUAGAGAAAAUUGAGAAAGGAGAGGAUGAAGAGGCUGGUUCUGAAAGUGAUGUUCAUGGCAAUCCUGGCAUUGUUGAUCCCAAGAUUCCCAAGUUUCCUGCAUCGGCAAAACUGAAAAGAGCGAUGGGAAAGGCUGGUCUGGAUCACCAAGGAAAUCCAAAACAGCCCAAAGUUUCCAAAUCAUCCAAAGUGGACUAUGUGGAUUUGAAAGCCAUUAUCAAGUCCAUGUCAGGGAUUUUGGAAAUUCUUCCAGAAGGCGCUCAUGGAAAAAACAAGCCAGUGAGGUGCCGGGCAUGUACAUGGAAGAGGAAAAAGGAUGUUGUGUUUGAUGUGGUCACCUGGAAAAGGAGACAAUACUUGGAUCAACAUCUUUUCAAGUCCGGGUCCCAUAUUCGUGCAGCCGCAGCCUACCAAAAUCACCUUUGCGAUGGACAGAAUGAGAGUGCUGAAAAUGCUGAAAGGGAUGGAAAGGGUCAGAAGCACAAGAAACCUCAGAAUUCUCAGAAAAAGAAUAAGAGGUUUAAGCGUGAUGAUGUUUCAGGUGAUGCUCGUGGUACUGCCGAUCCUGCUGCUGCUCCUUCUCACCGGCAUGGACAGGAUGAGCAGGAUGACCAGGAUGACGAGGAUGACGAGGGAGGGUCCGAUGCAGACCCUUCAGAUCCUGAAGUAUCUCAAGAGAAUCAUGAGAAUCCAGAGUAUGAAAAAUGCAGGGGCUUCAAAUUUGAGACUUUCCCACUGAGCCGGAUUGCUCAGUGCAAAGACUCGUUUCAUUUGUACGCAACUUAUGCAAAUCUGACUUGUACAAAGCAUGCUUUGAAGCCGAUGGCCAAACCAUCCAAAACUGAACCAGAUGAGAAUUUGCUGCACCGAUACUUCCGUGACGUGACCAAAGACGAGUACACCAUCUUCCACAGACAUUGUACAGGCUUGGUGCCUCAGUCGGGCCCCGACGCACAGCAUAUCAAGCAUCUAGGUCCUGAUCAUCCAAAAGUCAAAUUGGGGCAGCACUUGGUUUGUAGUAUGUGUCGCCAAUUUGCUACCAACAAAUCACUGAUCAAGAAUGUUUGCCGCUUUGCUUGCAAGUUCUACGCAGCGAGGCUUUUGCGAGCCAAGAUGUUUCUAGUCGAGCUUCCACAGGACAUUGAGACAGAAAUCAAGAAAAUGCCGGCCUACAAACUUGUCAAGUCUCUGACAGAUGAAACUGACAUGCUUAUGAAAAUCUCCAUUCAGCAGCUUCAGUUCUAUGUGCGUACAUCUUUCAUGUGCCUGCCUCCCUCGAGGUGGAGCCCCCAGAUGCGUUUCUUGGUUGCCGGCUCAAUCAUUCCAUGCAUUCAGGUGAACCCUCAUUUGCUAGGCAAAAACCAAUCACAAAAAGCAGAUUUGCUGGCCCGACACUUGUGCACGGGAAAGCUGUUGGAUGUAGAAGACGUUGACAUCAAACUGGGUUGCAUGGUGGCCAGCGGCAUGCUGGAGAGCCACCCGCUUCUCCACGGAAUCCUGAUUUCGGUUUGUGAAAAAAUCAGGAGGGAGAGCAGAGGUGUGUUGAAUAUGAAAGGUCUCAGGCUUAAUGACACCGAGCGCCGGCUUGUCACAGAGGCAGGCAUUUCUUUGAGCAUGGCUUCCGCAAACAAGUCUUUGAUGAAAGAAUUUGCACUUCAAUUCGUUGGCAAGUCUCUGACCAAACUGGAAGAUAUGUUGGCCCGGGGCAUUCCUGAUCCAUUUCUCAGCAUUUGCAGUCUUGGCACUUUGGUCCAGAACGGUGUCCUGUUAGACAACAUCUUUCCUCGUGCAGGGGAGAAAUCGUGUGGUCGACGCCUGACCCUGGCUUUCGACAAGACGUACUUGUUGAAGCAAGUGAACAUCAUCAGCAAUCGGCUUGGAAAAGGUCUUGUGGGUGUUGCUUUUCGGCCAGACCACAUGAAUACCCUUGAUGAAAUGGCUGAAGUGGGCAAUGCUUUUGUUGAUGUGCCAGUGCCAGAAUCUGGGAACGAUGAUCUUGAUGGUCCUGAGGAAUCGGAGGAGCAUGAUCUCCCUACUAGCAAAAAGCUAGAUGGUUUGGAUUUUGCACGUUUGGACCAUGCGAAAGAAAUGCUGGAUUGUGUUGUAUUUGACCCAGCCAGCCGUGUGAAAGGCAAUCCCAGGAUCUCUAUCUGUUCCAUUCCCAUGGCAUCAGAUUGCAAUGCCGAAGCUAUGCUGUUGGUGCUGGGCGGAAUCAUGGCGAAAGCCGGUGGAUCGGUACGAUCUCUUGUGUGUGACAAUCACGGAUCGCACAGAUUGAUCAAACAAGCUCUUCUAGGCCAAUAUGCUGCAAAGCCGUCCAUCCCUUUCUUCGGAGCACUUGAGUAUGUGCAACUGCCACCGCUGGAGAUUUUGAAUUUCGGCUACCAAGUGCCAUUUUUCCAGGAGGAACCCAUUCUCUUCCUCAAUGGUCCUUGCCAUAUCCAGAAGAAGCUCAGGAACGUGGCCUCUGCACUCCGAUCUGGAGUCCGCACGAUCUGGUUCGGUCGGUAUUGGUCCGACGCAUCUGGGACCAGAGAUCUGGGCAUGAUGCCAAGUGCCUUUUGUGGGUUUGAUGCCCAAUCAGACCGGCAGGCUGCAGUCUACCUAAACCCAUAUCACCUGGUAGCAGUUGAGAAGAAUUCCAAUGGAGAAGACAUUGCUUUUGUUCCUUGGAGUCUCAAAGGCUUGCUUUUGGCGAACCUUUGCCAAGGGCUGCUUCAAUCCAGCGUCAUGCACAAGAAGUUGAGCGUCCAGAAUCGCUUGGAGAAUGCGCUUUGUGCAUUCACAUUGCUUGAGAUGGGCCACAUGUUGGCCCUUGAGAAAGAGAAAGACUUGGGCUGUAAGCCUGGCAAAUGCUUCUUCGAUCCCAUUACGAUCCGCAACAUGAAGGACCUUGCAGGUUGUGUGGCAAUCCAGUCUGUAGCACUGCCUGAUGGAUACCAUUGGAGGCCGCAUGGAAUGACUGAAUUACCAAUUGAGCAGCAUUUUGGCAUGCUCAGGGCACAAUUCACUUCGGCACAGAUGUCCACCAGAGACUACAUCAGAGCAAGCGCUCGGUGUGCAGAACAAUACGUGCGCAAACUCCGGAAUUCUGGUUCUUCAAAUUCUUCAGAUGUUCGUUUUCCUGUGGAAGAGGACAAACGGCUGACAGAUCAGGAAUUUUCUGAAGCAGGCCGUCGUGCUUUCAAUUCAGCACUGGAACUGAUGGCUAUUUGCAGUGACUACACAAAGCCUCAGCUGAAACGGGCAUAUGCUGCAUUCGCAUCCAACAGACCCGUGCUGGCAGAGUUGGAGGAGCCUGAAGAAGAAGAUGAUGAUGAUGAUUUGGGGGAGGAUGUGUUUUGCAAUGCGGAGGAAAUGGUUCAUAUUUCUGGAGAUGCAGAUGAGCAGGACCAAACCAAACUGAAAGAUCUGAAAGGCCCUGACCGGGAUUGCUACGCAUUGCUGAAGCAAAUGCAAGCACGGGAGACAGCGGAGCGGCAAGAAAGUGAAUGGAAGAUCGACCAGGUAGACGGAAUGGAUGCUCUUCGUUUGGGCACGUCCAAUCCAGCCUCUCAAGCUGUGAACGGUUUGGAUCAAGCAGACGUGGAAGCAUGUCUCAGUGGGGAUGUGCCUGCAGAGCUGAAAGCUGAUCAGGAUGAUGGCAGCCAAAACAAUCUUCCUACUCUUCCCAAAACAGGAGUGAGCACUAGUCGAUGCUUGUUUGAUGUGCUCGAACAUCCCACCGUGAAAGAAGAUGCAAAGCAUGAUCAAGUGUGGCUUCAUUUGUGGAGGCUUCUGGUCCGUCUCAGAGCUGAUGAGGGGAUGGGCUGUGAUUCUCUGUUUUUGAAGAACCAUCGCUCCUGCAGGUGGAUCAGUCAACGCCGCAAUUGGCAUCAACAGGCAGAACAUGCCUGUGCGGUCAUCAACGCUCAAAGUGGCUUGUCUGCAAGUCGGACAUCCAGAGCUGCAGCAUGGAAAGCAACAGCAGCAGCUGCCGUUCAGAAAGUGCUUGGUUUAGAUGAAUCGAAACUUCCAGAAGUCCUUUCUUCGGGAGCAGUGGUCUUGCUCUUGGCGCCAUUGAAGCAGCCAAGCUGGCGUGUGGCAGUCGUUCUUUCAUGUUGGACAGUGGCAGGCCGAAAAGUGAAAGCCACACAUUUACAAGUUCCCAUGAACAAGGUGCAUUGUGUGCGUGUGGCUCUGAUGGAGCCAAUGGAAGACCGACCAGAGGGCACGUUCAAGGCUGAUGCAGGAAGCAUUGCGCUGGUUUCAUCACCAUUUCGAGUGGCUAUGAUUUUAGACUGUAUGGCAGGGUCAACACCCACACCAACGCAUUUCGAGUGCAGACUCACGGAAGAAUGCUUAGAAGCUGUGCAGAAGGCUCACUUGAUCAAACAGUGGCCCAAGGCAUUGAUGGAGCAAGUUGAGAAAGAUAGCAAAGCAGGCAAGGUGGGAGCAGCCAAGACAUCGGCUAUGUCACCCACAGCCAAAAAAAAGAGUUCGAGAAGGAGAGGCUUGAACUCGCCCAAAUGCCAGACAAUUGCUCCAGGUGCCGAUGAUCAACAUCCUGAUCAUUGUGCUGGGGAUGAAAAGAUCGAGAAGAAUGGCAAAGUUGGCAAAGAAUGCAAAGAGGAUAAAGAGGCUGGUGAGGAUGGUAAGAUUGGUAAGGCUCAGGCUGGGGGUCCGGAGAAAAAUGAGAAAAAUGAGAAAAGCGAGGAGCAUGCAGCGAAGAUCACGCUCAAAGAUUUGAAGGGUUUGAAGACUAAAACCAAACCAUCCAAUCCAUCCAAAGAUUCCAAAGAAUCCAAAGAUGGCCAAGCCUCCGAACCUAGCGAUGAGCACAUUGUUCCCGUGCCUGCAGCUUUCCGUCGAUCCGUUGAAGGAGAGAAGGCUAUCAAACAGCAAAUGCGGCAGCUUUUUAGGCUUGCAGAGGACGAGUUUUCUGAAAAGCCGCUGGUGAAUCAAAAAGGUGAAUUUACCAUUCCUGGAUUGGAAGGGAUUGCUUGGGAAGAGUUAGUGCAGAGGGCACCUGCCUACUUCUCAGCGCUUUUCCACAAAGUUCGUGGUAGACUAGAGUUUGGAAAUGCAGUUUACCAGGUUUUUGAGAAAUGCUAUUCGCAGUUGAAGGGGAGUCCACCGGUCCGAAAACGAUGGGCAAAUUUGUUGCUCGAUAUCCCAAAGGGAAGCUUGAAACCCUUGGGAACUGAUGGAACUGCAGCAUCUGCAUCGUCUGCGGCUUCAAAGCCAUCCUAG